AGUCAUUACACAACUUUAGCUAGACAGGAAAUCAAUGAAAAUUGGAUCUGGACCCUGAUCUGCAUGCCCAGCCUAGAGACUCAAGAAACUACCUCAAAUGGCCACUCGUGAGCUUGCUGCUAUUGAGCAUGAUAUUGAUGUCACCACCGAUAAAAGUGUUGCAGCAACAAGAAACAUUUUAAACACUGCUAUCGAUACCAAACAAUUGGGCAUCAAGACAGUCACCAAACUGGUCAAGCAAGGAGAACAGCUGGAGAACAUUGCCAACACUGUAGAAAUAAUUGGAGUCGAUAUAAAACAUUCAAGACAGGAAGCAUCGAAAUUGGACCUUUGUGGAUGCUGGUGUCGAUGUUGUUGCCAAGGCUUAAACGUGUCAUCAAAACCGGUUAGAACAGCUAGAUCUAGGCCUUCUGAAACAGUGGUAAACAGACAACCUGUUGCAUUUAAAAACGACCCUCAAGAUCCGAUAAUAAAGUUUGUUCUGGAUAAUGAUGACAGAGAAGUGGAGAUUGAUCAGAACUUGAGGGAAACUGGUAAAAUACUGGACGAUUUGAGUGAGCUUGCAAUAGGGAUUGGAGAUGAACUGGACCGUCAAAACGAGUAUAUUCCAGAGCUCACAGAGCAAGCCACAAAGACAUCAAAUGAUAUCGAAGCAGCAACUGCUCACUUAAAGAAAUGUACACCUGUAUAAUUAUACUGUUUUUUAGUCUUGCAGCACUAUCAAUAAAUUAUUAUAGAUAGAGCCGAUAAUUAUAGCUAAUUAAUUUUUGUGGAUUGUGAUGAAGAAGCAAUUUUCAUAUUGUUAUUAAUUUA